CCGAAACUAAAACAAAAGCGGAAGGAACAAGGGUUAUUCAACAAUUACGUAACUCAAAAUGGGCUGUAUCCCGCUGCACCCCCUCUAAAAUAUGUUUCAUCAGUGACAAUGCACAGAAACUCAAAAUGCUGAGGAUUUUAUCCAGUAGAAAUGGGACAGACUCUUGAAAUGCUGAAUCAUUAUUAACAGACCCUGUGACAGUUGUUUAGCUUGAGAUCACGUCAUACAGAGGACAGUGUUGGAGAUGCAGUCACAAAGAAGCCCAGGUGCACAUGCACUUGAACCAGUAGCUGACAGUGAUGGUGCGUCGUUGCCGUGUGUUCCAACAGGACAGGCAGGGAUGCCAUGUGUUCCAACAGGACAGGCUGGGAUGCCAUGUGUUCCAACUGGACAGGCUGGGAUGCCAUUUGUGACGGGUAAUCAGAACGUACAUGUGGGUGACGUCACUCACAAACACUACCACAAAACAGGAGAUGAUAGAUCAUCUAAGAUGAUAGAUACGACAUCACAACAGUUGCAGAACUUGGAGACAGAUGCUUACGUUAAAACAAGAGCAUUUGAAGCAGCAAAGAAACGACUUCUUGAUCUUGGCAUUGUGGUGUUGAUAGGAAGUUCUGGAUCAGGAAAGUCGUCUCUUGGUCUCAACCUCCUGAAGUGUAUUGGAGAUCUGGACAAGAGACAACCAAUGCAGCUAACACAUCAUACCCAGUUUGAAGAUAUUCCAGUACCAAAAGACAUGGCCAGAAUCAAAGCAAAGGAUACACUGGUUGUGAUGAUUGAUGACAUGUUUGGAAGAAGCAAUCUUGUCACUGAUUUCCAGCGAUCCUGGGAACUGAAGUUUCAGAAAAUGUGGGAUCUCACCGAUUCUGGUUUGGUUAAAUUCAUAAUUACAUUUAGAACACACAUAUUUUAUGAUUGUAGAAACAAUUUAAAGGAAUUUCCUGUUUUCAAAAAGUGUCACCAGGUUGAUCUUCAUGGUCCUGAUUAUUGCCUAACCAUUGACGAAAAACGAAAUAUCCUGAAUACACAUCUAAGUCAAAAGCAGAUGACCAUGAAAGAAGAAGAUAAAGAGAUGGCAGUAUCUGAAACAUUUACUGCAUUAGGCUUUCCCCAGUGCUGUAAUUUCUACGUAAAGAAUCCAGAAGCGCGGAAGAGAGGAGUGAGAUAUUUCAAAAAGCCAAUAGAAUACCUUACAGAAGAGUUUGAGAAAAUGAGGUCAGACCAAGGAGAGGAAAACCAGCUCCAGUAUCUCGUUCUGCUGUUGGUUAUGUUUAAGCAGGGAACCCUAAAGAAGAACGAUCUCUGGCAAUCAUUUGAGGAAGAUGUGGAAACCACCAAUCUAAUAAAGAAGCUGAAAGAUGUGGCUUGUUCAAUUAAAGGAGAGGUGACACGUCGUCAGAUAAAACAAACAGUCGACUCUCUGUGCGGUGUGUAUCUCUCAUAUUCUGACGAAUGCAAAGAGUAUUCAUUUAUUCACCAGUCCGUGUUUGACACGCUGUUUCUGCAGUUUUCGUCAGAGUAUUUUAAAGAAAGUAUAAUGGUUUGCCCUGUAUCGAUGUUGGUUGAGUAUGUUGUUACAUCAGAAGCAUUGACUGAUGGUGCUGUUACCCUGGUGGUGGAAAGUGAUAAGUAUGCAGUGCUUGCUCAACGAUUUACAGACUUGUUGAUGUCAGACAAGGCUAGAGAUGUACUUCUGCAUCCAUCAUUCAAAGAUGAACAUUUUGUAGAAUUUCUGACCUCAGAAUUCUGGAAUUCUCUAGUUUUGAGUAACAUUCUGUCAAUCAAUCUUGUUGAACAGUAUGAAAAAAUAGUGAAAUUCAUAGAAGAGAGUCUUUUAAACAGAUGUUGGGAUGUUGCUGAUAAAGUGAAUCUCCAUUACUUGAACUUUCGAUUAGAUAGUGCUGUGUCCAUCAUAAUGUUAACUUCGUCAACGACAGCAAGUGUGGCUGUCGUUAAUAACCUGCAAUUGGUGUCCAAGUACUUUGCUGCCAAACUUGUUGAAUUCCAUUCCACCAUCCCUGCACCUCAUCUACAGGAGGCUCUGAGUGCCGCAGUCCUGAUGGGGAAUACUGAGGUAGCUGACAUUUUAUUGCAGUGUACUGAACCAACAAUUGAUUCAUUUAUUGCUGCUGCAGGGUCAAAAACUGAUAACGUUGCAAUAUUUGAAGAACUUCUGAAACACAAUAAACAGUUGACCUUGCCUGUGGAUUACUUGGGACAAUUACUUUUUCUAGCAAUGGAGGUAGGAAAUGGAAAGAUAUGUAGUCUGUUGAUUGAUAAAAUCGGUGGGAUGGAGAGAAGUGAUGAGAUUCUUGAUCAGGCUGUUAAACGACUUCUGCUCGGGAUCCAUGAUCAUACGUUUCAGAAUGUUUUGGCAAAUGGAGCUGUAGCGCAUUUAUUUAGACAGUUAUCCAGAUAUUCGAAAGUAUGCACAUCUGAUACUGCCAUUGUUUUGGCAGCAGGAUGCAGCCAUGCAGUAAUUUUAAAAGAAAUUAUUGACCUUAAGCCAAACGUACUGAAUGGAAUGACUCAUGUUGAAUCACUCUUGCAUAAUGUUGCCAAAAGUGGAUGCCUGGAAUCUUUGCUUAUCUUUAUAAAUCAGGGCUGUGACGUCAAUUCUGUCAAUGCAACGGGGAAGACGCCUCUACACAUAGCAGCGCAAUUUGGAAAGUUGGAACUAGUAAAAGCACUGGUUAAACAUGGAGCUGAACUGAAUGCGGUAGAUUAUAGUUUAAAUAUCCCACUUCAUUUUGCCAUUCUGUUUGACUCUUUUUUAAAUUUAAGUUGUGUGCUAGAAACUUAUGCAAAAAUACCUACGAAAGCGGGCAUUCCACCUGUCUUUGCUCUACAAUACAAGGCAGUAGAACAUUUACAGGAAAUUGUUAGGAAGUGCGCAGAAGGAAACCAAAGAAAUAGAAGUGUGAAUAAUCCAGAUCAAAUGGCUGCAUUCGGUAUUAUAAAUGUCUUGUUAAAAAUAGAAUCACAGAGAAAUGUACGAAAUAGAAAUGGAAAUACUCCAUUUGAGUUUGCAAUACCAUGGAGAUUAAGCUUUUUAAGUUAUGGUGUUGCAGAAUGCUCUUUUAAAGUAACUGGAGCUGGAAAAGGUCCACUUUACUUUACUGAAAAAAAUGCAUCACUGGAAAUUGUUAGAUAUUUGGUAGGAAAAGGAGCUCAUGUAAACCAACGGAAUGCAACUGGAAACACACCACUCCAUUUUGCUUCACUUUGGCCAUUGGAUUACCUUUAUCAGGAAAGAGAAGAUGUGAAAGUAAAAAGUCAACAUCGAGAUGUUUCACUUCGCUCUGUAGCAAGAUGCAGGUCAUCAGAAGUUGUUAGCUGCCUGGUACAAGGAGAUGCACAAGUAAAUGUACAAAACGAAAGAGGAAACACGCCACUUCACUCUGCUGCACUGUACAGUUUUGCUAAAAUUAUAACUUUUCUUAUUGAAAAGAAAGCACAAGCAAAUCUGGUUGACAAAAAUGGGUUGACGCCGCUUCACUUUGCUGCAUAUGGCAGGUCAUCAGAAAUUAUCAAUGAUCUCAUAGGAGGUGGAGCAGACGUAAAUGUAAAAGACAAAGAUGGGAACUCACCUCUUCACAUUGCUGCACAUUUUACAUCAGUGGAGAAUGUAGGUUGUCUUGUGCAAAGACGAGCACAGAUUGACAUGAAAAAUGAAGAUGGCAACACUCCACUUCAUUUAGCUGCAAAACAAAUGUCUUUAAACAUUGUAAGUUAUCUUGUAGAAAAAGGUGCACUGGUUAACCUACAAAAUCAAAAUGGAGAAACUCCACUUUUCUUUGCUGCAGAACAAAAGUGUUUGGAAAUUGUGAGCUACCUUAUAGGACAUGGUGCACAGGUAAAUAUACAAAAUCAAAAUGGGAAAACUCCGCUUCACUUUUCUGCAGAAAGAUACCUUGUGAAAAAAGAAGCACAAUUGGAUCACCCCACUACUUGUGAGACUACUGAAACGAUCCUGGUUGAAAAACAUGGGUCAAUGAAAAUAACAAGAUGCCUAGUAGAAAAAGGAGCUGAUGUAAAUGUACAAACAGAAAACGGGAACACUCCGCUUCACUUGACUGCAAAACAGAUGUUUUUGGAAGGUGUAAGUUAUCUUAUUGCAAAGGGAGCAAAAGUAAAUGCACAAAAUGAAGAUGGAGAAACUCCACUUCACAUUGCUGUGCAACAGAUGUUUUGGGAAGGUGUAUGCGAUCUUGUAGAAAAGGGUUCACAGGUAGACAUACAAGAUAAAAAUGGACAAACUCCCCUUCACAUUGCUGCAGAAAAUACACCUCUGCAGAUAAUGAGAUACCUUGUAGAAAAAGGAUCGUACAUAAAUUGUGAAGACCGCCAAGGGUACACACCAUUGGGUCAUGCCUGUUUGUCUGGUGAGACUGAAAAUGUGCAGUUUUUGCUAGACGAAUGUGCAGAUCCUAAUUAUGGAAAUAUCCCAGCAAUGCAUGUAGCUGCAGGACUUCACAAUACAGACAUGCUUCAGGUUCUUCUGGACGAAGGUGGGGAUAUAAACUCUCUCUCUAACUCUGGCUCUACUCCACUUCAUAUAGCAGUGAGGUGGGAUUUACAGACUGUGCUGUCUGUGUCUACAUAUAAUUCAUAUUUUAAUUACCGGACGGAAUAUGAUUUGUUAUUUUGUGAGAAUUAUUGUGAUAUCUUGAGUGAAUCGGACAGUUUUAAAUCAUUUAUUGUCAAUUUUGGAGAGGAAUCGGAAACGGAAGAAGAUCUAUUGAAUUUUUUGCUUCAGAACGGUUGUGACUUAAAUGUCAGAAACAGUUCAGGGCAGACAGCUUUGCACGUGUGUGUUUUGUGGGACCAGCUUGGGAACCUGAAGAAUCUACUACAACGAGGAGCUGAUGUGUCGGUAGUGGACGAUGGAGGUAACUCUGUGCUGCACUAUGCAGUGGGCAGACAGCAGGUUGAGGCUGUCGAGAUGCUAGUGGAAUCAGGUGCUGUGGACAUGAAAAACAAUGAUGGACUUUCAGCCUCUGAUUUGGCUUUUAGUCAAGUGCAGCUGAUGGAUGAUGAGGACAGGAUGACCAAGUGCUGCCAGAUAAUUUCUCACUUAUCUUAGCUCAGUCAAAACACUAGUAGAAUCAACUGCUGUUGACAGUAACAGGCUGGUAGCUACAGGGUUCGCAGCCAGAUACUGGCUCCAACCCAGAGCGAGUUCUUAAGGCUCAAUCGGUAGGUGUAAGUAAGGCCACUACACCCUCUUCUCUCUCACUAACCACUAACCAACUAACAACUAACCCACUGUCCUAGACAGACAGCUCAGAUAGGUGAAGUGUGUGCCAAGGAGAGCAUGCCUGAAACUUGAUUGGAUAUAAGCAUGAAGAUAAGUUGAAAUGAAAUGUGGACAGUAAAAACAAUGAUGGACUUUCAGCAUCUGACUUGGCUUUUAGUCAAGUGAAGCUUAUGGAUGAUGAGGACAGGAUGACCAAGUGCUGACAGAUAAUUUCUCUCUUGUCUUAGCUCUGGAGUAGGUUUUAACUCAGUUGAAACACUGGUAGAAUCAGGCCUGGUGCUUAUAAACCUUAUAGAGUCUUAGACUCGAGACUAUUAAUAGAGUCUGAGACGUGAACGUCAUGGCAACGCCAUACAAAUUGUAUGUGUGUGAUGUCAUUUGAGAUUGAGUCUGGACUCUAAAAGUGUUAUAAUCACGGGCCCAGGUGCUGUGGACAGUGAAUUCAAUGCUAGACUUAAGACUCUGAUAUCUCUUUAAAUAUCUCAAUACUUACAGAUGAUGAGGAUGAAUUGACCAAAUACUGACAGAUAAAGAAAAAAGUGUUUUAUUUAACGACGCACUCAACACAUUUUAUUUACGGUUAUA